GAGCGUUCCAGGACCCCGGCUGCCACCGUCCUGAGCAAGCGCGCGGGCCUGAAAGCGGCUGAGGCCGGGCUUCCUGGGCGAUGUGGAGCCGGAGGCUGAAGGGGGCCUGGGAAGAUGACGUGGGAGGCUGUGCGAGGACUCCGGGGACCGGCAGCCUGGCCGACCGGAAUGGGACCCUUAAGUGCACCUUCUCUGCGGCCGGCCACAGCACUGGCCUCCUGCAGGGCCUGGCUGCCCUCCGUGCUCAGGGCCAGCUGCUGGACGUGGUCCUCACUGUCAACAGCGAAGCCUUCCAUGCGCACAAGGUGGUCCUGGCGGCCUGCAGUGACUACUUUAGGGCCAUGUUCACCGGCGGCAUGCGCGAAGCCAGCCAGACAGUCAUCCAGCUGCAGGGUGUGUCUGCGCGAGGCCUGCGCCACAUCAUUGACUUUGCCUACAGCGCUGAGGUGACGCUGGACCUGGACUGCGUGCAGGACGUGCUGGGUGCCGCUGUGUUCCUGCAGAUGCUGCCAGUGGUGGAGCUGUGUGAGGACUUUCUGAAAGCCGCCAUGAGCGUGGAGACGUGCCUGCACAUUGGCCAGAUGGCUACCACCUUCAGCCUGGCGUCCCUGCGGGAGUCGGUGGACGCCUUCACAUUCCGCCACUUCCUGCAGAUUGCGGCCGAGGAGGACUUCCUGCGCCUGCCACUGGAGCGCCUUGUCUUCUUCCUGCAGAGCAACCGUCUGCAGAGCUGUGCUGAGAUUGACCUCUUCCGCGCUGCCGUGCGCUGGCUGCAGCAUGACCCCGCCCGUCGUGCCCGUGCCAGCCUCGUGCUGCGCCACGUGCGCUUCCCGCUCAUGCAGCCUGCCGAGCUGGUGGACAGUGUGCAGACACUAGAUGUCAUGCUGGACGACGCCCUGUGCCGCCAAUAUCUGCUGGAGGCCUUCAGCUACCACGUGCUGCCCUGUCGCCAGCAUGACAUGCAGUCGCCACGCACAGCUGUGCGCUCGGACGUGGCAUCCCUGGUGGCCUUCGGAGGCACACCCUAUACCGACAGUGACCGAGCGGUCAGCAGCAAGGUGUUCCAGCUGCCUGAGCCUGGGGCCCGCCACUUCCGAGAGCUCACGGAGAUGGAGCUGGGCUGCAGCCACGCGGGCGUGGCUGUGCUGGAUAACUUCGUGUACGUGGCAGGUGGCCAGCAUCUUCAGCACCGCAGCGGCGAGGGCGCUGUGGACGCCUGCUACCGGUACGACCCGCAGCGCAACCGCUGGCUGCGGCUUAGGGCGCUGCAUGAGAGCCGCGUGCAGUUCCAGCUCACAGCACUCGGCGGGCUGCUGUACGCCACCGGGGGCCGCAAUCGCGCAGGCAGCCUGGCUUCCGUGGAGCGCUACUGCCCGCGCCGGGACAGCUGGGACUUCGCCUGCCCGCUCAAGCGCCGCACCUGGGGCCACGCGGGCGCCGCGGCCGCUGGUCGCCUCUACAUCUCAGGCGGCUAUGGUGUCUCCGCCGAGGACAAGAAGGCGCUGCAGUGCUAUGAUCCUGCAGCCGAUCGGUGGGAGCCCAGGGCGCCCAUGCGCGAGCCUCGCGUGCUGCACGCUAUGCUGGGCGCCGCUGGGCGCAUCUACGCCCUGGGCGGCCGCAUGGACCAUGUGGACCGCUGCUUCGAUGUCCUAGCAGUGGAGUACUAUGUGCCCGAUGCCGAUCAGUGGACCAGCGUGGCCCCUAUGCGCGCUGGCCAGUCGGAGGCCGGCUGCUGCCUGCUGGAGAGGAAGAUCUACAUCGUUGGUGGUUACAACUGGAGGCUGAACAACGUCACGGGCAUUGUGCAAGUGUACAACACCGAGACGGAUGAGUGGGAGAGAGACCUGCACUUCCCGGAGUCCUUCGCCGGCAUCGCCUGCGCCGCCGUCCUGCUGCCCCGCGCUGGCCACGGGAGGUAGCUCGGAUCCCGGCCGCGAGUGUGAGACACCCCCAGCCCCGGGCUCCCCACGUCUCACCCCUGAGCCAGCAGAGAUAUCUGGUCCAGAGGUUUGGGUACCACGGCAGCCACUGCCCAAUGUGCGUCUCUGCUGUCCGGGGUGGCUCAGCCUCGGUUUCCCUCCAUCCUGACCAGACACUCAGAAAUGAGCUUGUGGACGCAAAAUAUCCAAGUCCCAGUGAAAACCGCCCUCCCUGUGUUCCGGGUGGUUAAAAUUCCAGCUGCCUCGUGGGUAAAGGUACUGCCCCAAGCCUGACAACAGAGUUCUGUCUCGGGACCCACCAGGCAGAAAGAGAAACUGACUUCUUGAAAUUGCUCUCUGAUCCAUGGGGCACCAUGGCACCAUGGCACCCAAUCAAGAGUGUAAAUCAGCUCUCCUGGUACCUGGGCAACCAUUCAGGAGGCAAGAGCCAGAGGGCGUCCCAGAGGCACCCUGACAGGUGGGCAGAUGCAGAGACAUGUCUUCACCCCCAAGCUCCCUGGCCUUGCUUGACAUGCGCACUCCAGGAGCAUCCCCGCGAGGCUUCCGGCCAAUCGGGAAGCCAGCAUCCUUUGUGCCCCACCCACCUUUCUAAGAAGACAGCCAAGUGAGGGUAGUGGCCUGCUCCAGUGCUCGGGAGGCUGAGAUGGGAGAAUUAUUGCAGAUUCUAGGCCAGCCAGGGCCAGACACACACACACACACACACACACACACACACACAGAGAGAGAGAGAGAGAGAGAGAGAGAGAGAGAGAGAGAGAGAGGGAGGGAACCUGUCCCAGAACAAAACCCACAAAAACCAAAACAGGAAACACAAAAGCCCACUCUGUCAGGUGGGGUGGCCUUGUCUGACCCCAAUGUAGCCUGAGGCUGUGGGGGAGAAUGAAUGGCCUCUCCCAUGUUGCCUGCAAAUGGCCACACUCCAUGUCUGACCCACCCAGGGGUCCUAGACCCUGCCGUGGGAGGGGACGCUGUGGCCAUGAGCUCCGGGUGGCCGCUGGGCCGUCAUCCGUGUUUUGUUUUGUUGUUUAAACGCUGACGUCUCACCUUCGUGUUUUGUUUCACUUUCAUUGCUGAAGGAAGCCAGCCUCACUGCCUUCCAGUAAGACUUGUUCUCUGGCGAUUAAAGUGUCUCGUGCUGCUCACAGACAGAGGGAUGUCGCCUUUGUGUGACCCCCUCACCGCAUGAGUAACCACCCGCUCCUUUGCUGUGGGCCUCUGCUGAUCAGUCCUUUUCUUUAAUAAAGACUCUGGUGGAAGGAUGGA